AUGAACAAAAGCAUCUGGGGCGAGGACGUCCAUGCUUUCCGCCCAGAGCGCUGGCUCGUCGACGAAACAUUAACCAAGAGUGCAGCAGAUCGUGAUGCCUUCAUGGCAUUUGCCAAAGGCUCUCGCAACUGCAUCGGUCAAGAGCUUGCAAUGUUGGAAUUGAAAAUGGUUCUGGCCAUGACGAUACGCCAGUUUGAUUUCAAAGAGGCAUUUGCAGAAGUGGAAAAGCUGAGGAAUGAUGGCUCGGGUUACCCGAGUAGCUUGAGUGGCGUGCAAGAACAGUUUGGUGAGAAGGCAUAUCAGAUUCAGCUGGGGACCGCAAAGCCGAGGGAAGGUAUGCCCUGCCGUUUGAGGUUAAUCAACAAGUAA